AUGUCCGUGGCUUUAUCUGAAUGUGGUCACUAUGUGGCCCACACUGAAGGUACCUCCAUCUCGAUCCACAGCAUACUGCCAGAAAUCCAGCUUCGACGCUAUAACUGUACCAAAGAUAUCCUGAAACAUUUAAGUGUGUCGAUUGUGAAUGAAAUCGUCUUCAAAAUCGAGGACGUCUACUGGGAAUCCGUUGAUGCUUCCAACAAGUCAACAAAACUCGCUGUGUCGGUUUCCUCAAAGACAUUCAGCGCAGCACUCAUUUAUGACAUCACGAGAACUGGUGAUCCGAUUAUAAUAGAGCUGGAAUCACCUAUCUCACGCGUCUCGUGGAUACUAGGGGCCCCAGACGAGGGAAGUGCUUACAAGAACUGUACUCAAUUGGUGCUUUUUGAUAAGUACGGCUUGCUUGCACGUGUUUAUUCUCUUGAUUGUACAAGAGUUCUAUUUUCAGUACCCAAACCGAUUGUUCAAGGUAUAUUGGAGAGACCUAAACACCCAGAGUUCUGGUCUCUUCUACUGACAUCAUAUUACGACAAGAAUCUGACGUCUCGUUCGAUCUUAAUUGAUCUCCAAUCUGACAGUCGUCCUUACUUGCUCCAUUUUAACAAUGUUUUCUCAAGAAGUGCCCUACUAGCAUCGUUGGAGAUGGACCAUCAGCCGUCUCCAUCGGCUCAGAUAACCUGGGAUCCUGAAGGCAGAUGGUUGCUCUUUUUUGACUCGGGGAUACCCUAUUUGGUUACUCCUUUGAAUGAAAGCCACUUGGCCCUGCCGACACUACACUCCACUCACACUAAGGGCAUUGGCUGGACCUUUUCGUGGGUGAACAUUGAGAAUCUGCUAUUUAUAGCUGCCAUUCCAUCCCGCUCCAACAAGAAGCUUGAUCUCCGUGUCCACGGUGUCAGCCACUUAUCUCAUUGUUACCCUGCUGCUAUUGACCUCGAGCAAGCCGAUACCAUCUGGGUUUAUGAAGAUUUUGAUGGAGAAGGUUCCUAUAGACGAACCGAUGCCUUGCCAGAGGCCGAGUUUGAAUGGAGGACAAUAAGGGAUAAUGGCACCCAUCUUGUUCUUGCUACCGGGAGUGUUAUCGUUAUUGUAAGGCGUACAUCCCAUGGACCGCUUGUCAAAUUCGAUCCGGAGGCAUACAUCUCUUCUCUGCGGUUCAAGGAUAUUCAUUUCUACAAGAGCAGCAUCGUUCUUCUUUUCCAAGACCAUGUUGCGGUUUACGAAGACGGAAGAUUGUCAAUUCUAGCCAAGAGCAGGUACUCGUUGGUAUCGAUGAAGGUCACGGAGAGUUCAGAAGCUCGAACGAUAAGCUUGGUCGAGCAGACUCCGCAAGGACAGACCUGGCGCCAAAUCGGCCAGGAGCCUCAACAAGAUGACAGCAUGCUGAUUCUCAACAAAAUCUCUUACGGAGAAGACAGUAGUAAGGUGGUGAACCUCGUCAAGGAGGUGGAGAGAAAUGAGUGGGGCAGGGCCGCUAGGCGGCGACUCACAGAAGACACCGAUACCUUCAAGCUAAACUUUAAAAGGCGCAGACCACCUGGUCUCCCCGAACUACACUAA